CCCAGAUGUUCACCAUGAGCCACUGCUACUACAAUGAGACCAUCGGCUUCUUCUACAACAAUAGUGGCAAGGAGCUCAGCUCCCACUGGCGGCCAAAAGAUGUGGUUGUGGUGGCGCUGGGGCUGACUGUCAGCGUGCUGGUGCUGCUAACGAACCUGCUAGUCAUUGCAGCCAUCGCCUCUAACCGCCGCUUCCACCAGCCCAUUUACUACCUGCUUGGCAACCUGGCGGCCGCUGACCUCUUUGCUGGCGUGGCCUACCUCUUCCUCAUGUUCCACACCGGGCCACGCACGGCCCACCUCUCACUCAAGGGCUGGUUCCUGCGGCAGGGCCUGCUGGACACGAGCCUGACAGCGUCGGUGGCCACACUGCUGGCCAUCGCCGUGGAGCGGCACCGCAGUGUGAUGGCCGUGCAACUGCACAGCCGCCUGCCCCGUGGCCGCAUCGUCAUGCUCAUUGUAGUCGUUUGGGUGGCUGCGCUGGGCCUGGGACUGCUGCCUGCCCACUCCUGGCACUGCCUCUGUGCCCUGGACCGCUGCUCACGCAUGGCGCCCCUGCUUAGCCGCUCCUAUCUGGCCGUCUGGGCCCUGUCCAGCCUACUCGUCUUCCUGCUCAUGGUGGCCGUCUACACCCACAUUUUCUUCUAUGUGCGGCGGCGCGUGCAGCGUAUGGCAGAGCACGUCAGCUGCCACCCCCGCUACCAGGAGACCACACUCAGCCUAGUCAAGACCGUCGUUAUCAUCCUGGGAGCGUUCGUGGUCUGCUGGACACCAGGCCAGGUGGUGCUGCUCCUGGAUGGUCUGGGCUGCAAGUCUUGCAAUGUUCUGGCUGUGGAGAAGUAUUUCCUACUCUUGGCCGAGGCCAACUCACUGGUCAAUGCUGUGGUGUACUCAUGCCGUGAUGCUGAGAUGCGCCGCACCUUCCGCCACCUCCUCUGCUGUCUGUGUCUCCGCCGAUCCACCCAUGAGUCCGCCCGCUAUACACCCUCUUACCAGACAGGUGCCAGCACACGCAUCAUGCUUCCUGAGAAUGGACACCCCCUGAUGGACUCCACCCUUUAGCUGCCUUGGGCUUUAGCACAGUGCAGCGAGUGCCAGAUCUGCAGCCCCUG